AUGGCCGCUGCGUGGGUUUUACAGGUUAUUUGCAUGGCGCUGAUUUGGGUGGGAGAGAGUGAGGGGGCAGAGUAUGGGACAGUAGCUCGUCUCUCUUCUGCUCUUUUGAAUUCCUCUGGUUGGAAACCCAACGACAACAUGUACUUGGUUUCUUCAAAUGGUACGUUUUGUGCUGGGUUUUACAACCUGACGGCAAAUCGUUAUGCCUUUGCUGUGUGGUAUGCCAACGAUUCCCACCGAACUCUGGCAUGGAUGGCGAACUCAACUUCUCUUGUGGGUGGCAACUCUUCUUUGUACUUGAGAGACGGGGCUCUCUCCAUUUCAGACGAGAAUGGUGAAAUUGCUUGGAGGAGUAAGAACACAUCUGAUUCUAAAUAUGCCAUGGAACUUUCUUUGCAGGAAUCGGGCAAUCUGGUGCUCAAUCAGUGGCAAAGCUUCAAAGAAUUCCCCACUUUUAAUCUUCUUCCAAAACAAGAAUUCACCACAGCAGAUGUUUUGCUGUCGAGAUCUCGAAAGGGUACUUAUGCUACAGAUGGCAAGUACUAUUCUCUUUCUUUAGAGCCACAGAACAGCAAACUUUCCUUGUCUUAUUAUUACAGGAGGGCGGACGGAGGGCGAGCACGCAAAAAGUACUGGCAGUCUGGUAGAUUUCUGGCAGUUACUCUGGACGAGUCCGGAUUUCUGAACACAAGCGAGAUUGAUUUAGGUUCCUUGAUCAUGGCGACCGACAGGGGCGAGGAGGACCGAUUGAGAAGACUGACUUUAGAGGGUAACGGAAAUCUCAUCAUGUACAGUCGGAAAAGAUAUCCUUCUUCUUCAUGGGAUGUAGUGUGGGAAGCCGUCACAAGACACUGCCAAAUCCCCGGUGCUUGUGGAGACAACGCUGUGUGUAAGAUAAACCUGGACUGGGAGCCAACGUGCGAAUGCCCGCGUGGUUUCGACCAGAGCCCUGUUGAUAAUCGAAGUUGCAAGCCGCAUAACGAUAUAGAGAAGCUCAGCAAUAUAACCUUUAUUCAGUUGGACUUCGUCAGUUUUGAAGCAUUGAAAUUUAUAAGACGGUCUUCUAAAAUACUAGAAGAGUGUAUGGAUUUCUGUAGAAACAACAGCAGCUGUGCCGGUUUCAUAUACCAAGUGGACAAUGGGAACUGUGUCCAUCUAUUCGGCAAUUUGGUCAAUGGAUAUUGGUCUCCACAAGUGGGAACGCUCUUUUAUUUGAAGAUCUCUGCAAGUGAGCAAGAAACUCCGAAUCUCUUUCAUGGGUUGUUCUCAGUACUCGAAAAUGUUUGUCCGAUCCUUCUAAAACUACCACUUCCGCCGACUCAACCGGACCACAAGACGCGAAAUCUCAUCAUAAUCUGCUUCUUCUUCGGCGCGGAGCUGUUGUGUGGGGCUUAUGCCUUCCGUGCGUUUUUGAGUAAGUACUCGAAAUUGAGAGACAUGACCCGAAUAUUUGCCCUAGAUCUUCUCCCUUCCGGCGGGCCUAAGAAAUUCUCAUACGCAGAGCUGAAGACGGCCACCAAUGACUUCAGCGAUAUAUUGGGGAAGGGAGGAUUUGGGCCUGUCUACAAGGGUCUUUUGCCCGAUCAGAGGCAGAUUGCAGUGAAGAAAUUGGAAGGCCUUCGUCAAGGAGAGCAACAAUUCUGGGCAGAGGUCUCCAUCAUAGGACGAAUCCAUCACCUCAAUCUUGUUCGAAUGUGGGGAUUUUGCGCAGAGGGCGAGCACAGAUUGUUGGUGUACGAGUACAUAUCCAACGGGUCACUGGAGAAGCAUUUGUUCAAUGUAGAGGAAACGCUUGUAAUGGAGUGGGGUAUCCGAUACCGCAUAGCAUUGGGGGUAGCGAGAGCCAUCGCUUACCUGCACGAGGAAUGCCUGGAAUGGGUUCUUCAUUGUGACAUCAAACCGGAGAACAUCUUGGUCGACGAGGACUUUUGCCCUAAGGUUUCUGAUUUUGGACUGGCUAAAUUGGUUGAAAAAGACCGUAGCUUGAAUGUGUCUAGGAUCAGAGGGACGCGGGGAUACUUAGCGCCAGAGUGGUUUCAAAGCAAUUCCAUCACAGCAAAGGUCGAUGUGUACAGUUUUGGAAUGGUGCUUUUCGAAAUGGUUAUGGGAAAAAGGAAUGUGCAUGUGUUCCAUUCAACUGAACAGGACAGGGAGUUCUAUUUUCCUGAAUGGGCAUUUGAGAUUGUAAUGAUAAAAAAGAAAACGGAAGAGAUAGUGGAUGAAAGAUUAAACGAAACAAGAGAAAAUCAAAGUGAAAUGGAAGCAGUGAAAAGAAUGGUGAAGACAGCAUUGUGGUGCAUCCAAAGUCGUGCGGAGGAAAGGCCUUCGAUGGGCAAGGUAGCGAAGAUGUUGGAAGGUACCAUAGAAAUUGAGGACCCUCCUAAGCCCUCACUAUUGCAGGACACUGUUGCAGGUCCACAAUCACCUAUUUAUAGUGGCAUCAGGUCGUCCAUCAUGAGUUCUGGACUAAGCCGCUUCUAAUUGCAGCUGAUUGGGUAUUACGAAGUAUUAGGGUUCAAAUGUCUGGUUUUCUCUCUUGUAUUGUUUGCCAAGU